UCUACUCCUUUCCCCCCUUUUUUCUUUCCCUCCAUAACAAAAAAAAAGAGGGAAAUCUUUUUCAUUUCCCGCCAAAAGAAAUUACUUAUUUAUUUAUUCCUUUGUUUUCUUGAUUUUUGUUUGUUAUAUAUCAAUUUCGGUUUUUUCAUGGAGAAAAAAAGUGUGGUGAAAAAAUAUUCAAAACAUUUAGUAUCGACAAACAUGGAGUGUUCUCCGACAACAAAAGCAACGUUGUCAAACCCGAAAAUUGUUCGGAUCACGCUGACCGAUCCAUACGCCACAGAUUCUUCAGAUGAUGAAGAUGAUAUUCAAGAAGAAGAAAAAGGGUCAACAAAAAAAGUCAAAAAAUACGUGUUUGAAAUCUCCGUCAGGUCUCCGUCAACCCCCGUUAAGUCUUCGUCAACCCCCAUCAAGUCUCUGUCAACAAAAGCAGUACAAAAUGACCUGUUUGAAGUUUCAGUUAACGGUCCGACAACACACGUUAAGUAUCCUGUAUCUGCCGUUACGUAUCCGUCAACAUCCGUUAAGUCUCCGUCAACCACCAGUAAGUUUUGGCCAACAAAAAUAGUAAAAAAUGAGUUGUUUGAUGUCACAGUUAACGAUCCGUCAACAGCCGUUAAGUAUCCGCUAUCUGCCGUUAAGUAUCCGUCGACUUCCGUCAAAUCUCCGUUACCCACCGUUAAGUCUCGGUUGUCUAGAUUAAAACAAAACAGGACCCACGUGAGGAGCACGUGGCCGGCUGGAAAGAAAUACAGGGGAGUACGGCGGCGGCCAUGGGGACGAUGGGCGGCGGAGAUCCGUGACCCGUAUCAAAGAAAACGGGUAUGGUUAGGAACCUAUGAUACACCAGAAGAAGCAGCAAGUGUUUAUGAUAACGCUGCCGUUAUCUUGAAAGGAGAAAACGCCGUUACUAAUUUCCCUAAAGUAACGGAGACCGUUAAAAAGGUACCGAGAAACGACAUCGUUCUGUCUCCAACUUCUGUUCUUCCUUUUGAUGAUCCGUUUGAUGGGUUUGUUGGAACAUAUGGUGACGUGGAUGCAUUUGGUUUUGAGAUUGGCGGGUCGGGUUCCGAUUGUUUUACAGGUUUUGGAGGUCCGAUUAGAUAUAAUUGUGCUCCGGAGUUUGGGGAUUUUGAUAUUGAAGACUUUCUUGUUGACAUUAGUUGAAACUAUUAUUAAUUAAUUAAAUUAAUUAUUAAUUAAGGUAAUUAAGGUUGUUAAUUGUAGGUAGUAUUUAUUACAGUAUAAAAGUAAAAACGAUGUAGGUGAUGAAAAAUACGAGUAUAUGUUUCAGCAAUUUUGUGUAUUUGUGUUAUAUGAAGAAAAUUAUAAUAAUUAUUAUUAUUCUUCUAUGGGUA